GCAGGCGGCGGCCGUGGUGCGACAGCCUGCGCGCGCAGCCCUGCCGACGUUGUGGCCGCGCGGCCCGAGCCGUCGCGCCGUCAACCAGCCAACCAAUAGCCCGACCGAACUCGCCACGAGCGCGCGCCGCCGUCUCCUUAUUGACGCGCAAACGUGAUGCACCUCUACGGGUGAUACCCGGACCCUCAACAGUGCCGCACAUUUUUUUGUGAACAAUAUUUUACAGAAAUAAUCACUAAAGAAGCCAGAACCCAGAGCGCCGAUCUAAUACAAUUUACAUUAUCAGUGGCUGAAAUAGCUGAAGCGUACAAUCAUAUGUCACAAGGGUCAUGGCGAUAAUGGACGCAAGGGGGCGGAUACUACAUCUAUAGGCAUGGCAGACUGCAGUGUAGAGAGUGGCGGUUAAAGCAGCGGGCAGAAUGUGGGCGCGAGUGUCGCGGGCGCUGCGGCGCGUGGCGCUCCUGCUGCCGCUGGCGUUGACGGCGCUGGCGCUGAUGCUGCUGCCGCGACCGCCGCCAAUGACACCUGUUCGCCUGCCCUCCGCUCCCGCUCAGUCGUCGCCGCUGCGCGAGGAAACACAUCACCAGAACGCGCUGAAUGACAUCGCGGAAAGUGAGGAGAACGCCGCGGCUGUGGACGACGUGUCAGACGUGGCGCACCGGCCGUGGUUCAUGAAGGGUGGCGAACAGCGCCCGUGGCAGACCGACGCGCACAACGCCAGGCUGUUCCCCGAGGAUGCGCUGGGCGAAGACAGGAUGGUCGAACAGCUAAUGUACACCCUACCAAAAGACGAGGAGGUGCCGAUAAAGAAGAUCUUGCUCGCGAACGGGCUGGGCGCGUGGGGCGUGCCGAGUGGCCGCACGGAGUUCCUCCGCAACAAGUGCCCGGUGGACCGCUGCACGCUGUCGGCUGACGCUCGCGACGCGGGCUCCGCUGAUGCAAUCCUCUUUAAGGAUCACCACACGCCUUUUAACGUCAGGCGCCCGCUCAACCAGAUCUGGAUCCUGUACUACCUGGAGUGCCCGUACCACACGGCGUCGCUGAGACCGGGCUCCGCGGGCGUGUUCAACUGGACGGCCACGUACCGCCGCGACUCCGACAUCGUCACGCCCUACGAGCGCUGGGUCUACCACGACCCGCUCAUCACCGAGAACAAGAUGGAGAGGAACUAUGCCGCUAAUAAGACUAAAAAGGUGGCGUGGUUCGUGUCGAACUGCCACGCGCGCAACCGGCGGCUGCAGUACGCGCGGCAGCUGGCCAAGCACAUCUCCGUGGACAUCUACGGCGCGUGCGGCUCGCACCACUGCCCGCGCGCCGACCCCAACUGCCUGGACAUGCUGGACCGAGACUACAAGUUCUACCUCGCCUUCGAGAACUCUAACUGCCGCGAUUACAUCACUGAAAAGUUCUUUGUCAAUGGAUUGCAACACGACGUGUUGCCGAUUGUGAUGGGCGCCCGACCGGCGGAGUACGCAGCAGCAGCGCCGCACAACUCGUACGUGCACGUCGAAGAAUUCGCGUCGCCGCAGGAGCUCGCCGCCUAUCUCGACAGACUCGACAAAGAUGAUGCCCUCUACAACUCCUACUUCAAGUGGAAGGGCACGGGCGAGUUCAUCAACACGUUCUUCUUCUGUCGCGUGUGCGCCAUGCUGCACGCCAGCGAGCGGCGGCAGCGCGCGGCGCACGCGCAGCGCGCCGACGUGCAAGCGUGGUGGCGCGACGGCGCCUGCACGCGCAGCGAGUGGCGCGCCGCCAUUGCCGCGUCCGCCGAGUACUCCGACACCCAGGACAAGGGCUAGACCAUCCGGCACCCCGCAACCGGUAGCGCCGACCCGGGUUAAAGACGACUACGUUUCAAGAGGCGUACGAUUGUUUUUACGGACCGGUGGUCGUUCCACGUCGAGUCGUCUGAGAAGACGCCCCGAUGUCUUUACACGAGCGCUUUUUCUACAUUCGUACGAAAGAGAGAUAGAGUUCCCGGCGGUAUUUCGGAAUGUCACAUACUGUUUCUGUGUACGCGCAUUGAAAAAAGUCGCUCGUAUGAAUUCAAGGGUAACGCGCAUAGGUUUGGAUCGAUUCAAAUGUCUAUCCGUAGGCCUCGCUUUGUGCAAUGUAUUUGGUUAUCGUUUUUUACCAGAUUCGCCAAUUUAGUUUUGCUGGUAUUAAUGUUUCUAGGGUACGGACUGCGGAUGCAGGCAUCGAGUUCUAGUAUGCAUCGCUUACUUAUCUCAUAAAGACAUAUUAUACUUGUGCUCACACGUCCAUUACUAGUAAUAGUUAUGCUAAGUUACAUAUGACCUCACUGUUACUCAUAAAUAAGUAUGUAUGUAGACACUUAAAACUGGUCACGCAGCAAAUUGGCGCCCACCGUGGGGCCAGUAUUUUUUUCUGACGACACAGACAAUAAAUAAAGAAAAUAUGCACUGUGAAAAUAAACGUGUUAAUCUCACUUGGCAAUAUAUCCAACGAUAGCCUGUCCAAUAUAACACAAAACUAAAUUACCGCAAUAAGUGCAGUACAAUAUUGCACAAACUACCGUUAAAGAAAUUGCUUGUUUAUUGAGUUUAAUACUUAUUUGUAUCUACUUAAAUAUUUUUAUUAUACUAUUGUUAUAUUUUUGUAGUAUAAGUAUACCUACCAUAGUUUAUGGUGAUGCUAAUAAGAUAGCACAAAGUACCCAAGUACUUGAUAAUAGAAAAUUACAACAGCAUAAUGAAAUAUGCACUAAGCAACAUAAAUUUAGUCGCAAUUAAUUUCACUUCUUUAAGAAGGUUUUUCCUUUAAGCAUUUAUAUUUUUAAUAAAUUGUGUAAGUUACUGUUGUUUAUGUUUUAUUUUAUAAUUAUAAUACAUAAGAUUUGUAGCGAUUGAGGUAUGAUAUACAUAUACCUACCUAAAAUUGGUUUAUACUGAAAUAUACGAAUUACUAAUACGUUACGAGCUUCAUUUGGAGACAGACAAUUGAAGACUUAGUAAAUGCUAGGAUACGAAAUAACUUAAAACAUAAGGUACUUAGUGUACUACUACUACCUAAAUGUGCCCAGAAAUAAUCCUCCGUAGUUUUAUAAUUUACAAAAUUGUCUUAGUUGCCCUCAAAACUCUACUUUUUUUUUACUUGUUUCAGCCUAUUAUUAUAUUUAACUUGUAGCACAAAUACGAAUAUGUUAAAUUACCGUAAGUAUGUAGUAUGUGACUUGUUAUUUUUUGUAUAAAAGCAAUCAAAUUUGUUUGUUAGUCGGGCCAAGAAUACUCUGUAGCGAUUUUGAUAGCACAGGCUAUGCAAGUGUUAUUUUAAACGUCACAAUUUCUGAAAUUUCACGUUUAAAAUAACACUUGCACAGUCUGUGCUAUCAAAAUCGCUAGAGAGUUAUAUUGGUCCGACUAAGUGUUUUAACGCACUAAAAUGUAAAUAUUAUGUUAUUUCUCUAAAGUUGCGUUAUUAUCUUAUGGGAUGGUUGGUUUUGUAUUAAGUAAAUUAAUUUUCAUAUUUUCAUAGCAUGUAAGUCUAGAAAAAUGUUAUUUAUAUUAUUUAUCAGGGUAUUAAUUACCUACUUAAUUAUAAACAGCCUACUGGAAAAUUAUCGAAGUUGUUAAUAAAUGACUACAUGGCACAGAGACUAAGUGGGCCCCUAACGUGUGUUCUGUUUAAUCAAAGUAAAUACCUACAAGAUUAGUAAGGUUAUUCCCACUAGUUACCAGUGGUAACUACUGGGAAUUUAUUUCCCACCUUUUGUCACUGGUAACAUCCUGUAUUUAUACUGUUUUUAAUAGUAUUGAAAUCUUACAUAAUUUUAGUGGUAACUACUGGGAAAAAAAUCCCACCUUUUACCAGUGGUAACUACUGGGAAAAAAAUCCCACUAGUUACCACCAACUCGGUUUGGUCCCAGUAGUUACCACUGGUAACAACUUGGUGGUAACUAGUGGGAAUAAGCCGAUUAGUUUAGUUACUAUCUCAUAGUUAUUACGAUGACAAGGUAGUACCUACUUAAAUUAUCAUUUACCUAUGAUUUAAUAUGAAUCACAUUUACAAUCGGGUCUAUCGCGAAUUUAUUUUGUUACCUUUAUUUACCGACGUUUCGACACAGGUUUCACUGGUCGUGGUAGCGGCUAACUGACGUCCCAGCAAAAUGUCAAAACAGAGAUUUGUGUGACUACCCAACAAAGAAAAAUUGUUAUAGCAAUUUCAUGUUCCAAAUGUGAAAAUUCAUUUACGCGAUUGGCCCUUAUUAGGUACUUUAUUUACUGUUAUUAUAUGAUUAACUAUUAUUAUUUUUAUAUACCUGAGUUGGUUGCUGACUUCUGUGAUCAUUCGCAUUUAAUCUACUAUUCUACAUUCCAAUUAUAAUCAGUUUAUUUUUUACGCGAUUUUCCUAGAAAACAAAAAUACCUAAUCCUUUGUUUUUGAUUUAAUUAGGCAUGUAUUAUGUAAUUUUGACAGUUUUGCCCUAAAUCAAAUUUGCAUUAGGUACACCCAAAGAGAAUUAAGAAGACAGUGCUCACUCCAUACAUCGGUUUUGGUACCAAAAAGACUAUUAUUUUCGUAGUCUACAUCUAGCGUCAAGUAGCGGAACUAUCAGUACUGCUACUCGACACUAGAUGUCACAUGUGUCGCGACACUCGCGACUGACGAAAAGUGUAUUACUCAACAAUUUGUAACUAAUAAGUAUUAUAAGCAGAAGGAGUUGAAAAUAAAGUUCCGGUUAAUCCGGUUAUAAUAUUAGCUGAAAAUCGUUAAGCAUUACUUUCCGUUUGUCGCAACAUCUAUUGUCGAGUAGCAGUACUGAGAGUUCCACUAGUAUGACGCUAGAUGUAGACUAAGAAAAUAAUAGUAUUUUUGGUAACAAAACCGAUGUAUGGAAUGGAGUGAGCACUCUAUGGCUUCUUAAUUCUCUUUGGUAUUACUACACCACUUCCUCAUACAUUCUUAACACACAUCACAUAAAAGUGUUUGGUGUCACAAAAUAAUUAUGUAUGAUAGAUGUGCCUGCCAUUUAAAUAAAAUUUAAGUAUAAGCCAAAGAUAUAUCUAUGUAUGAAAAACUAUUGUUACUUAUGUUAAUUUAUAGUAAGCAUCUAAGGUAUGAAUGUAGUAAGAAAUGCAUUGAUGUGCCUAGUACCUUGUUUACCAAAAAAAUUUGCAUUUAUCACUUGUCAAUCUGUAUCAAACAAUGUUCAUUAGCAUUACAACUGGCAACUAACCAACUUAUUGAAUUUACAAAACAUGCACAUGUGCCACUUGUAGUUGCAGUUUGUGUCCUUCAUGACACAUAUUAACAUUGUUUUGUAUUACACAAAUAUACUUCUAUUUAUUGUUAUAGUUAUAUAAGUAGAAAGAAAUCUAGUUUUGUCAAUGUAAAAGAUAACACUGAGGUGAUGCUUUAUUAAAAACUUUCAGUUAUCAGAAAACGCUACCUACAAAUAUAAAAGUACUACUAUUUAUUUGUCCUACAAGUAAGUCAAGUAACGCAUCAGCAUACCGAAAGUUGCAAUUAGCCCAUUGUAGAAAAUUGUAGAACAUUGAAAACAAAAAUUCAAAUUUAUUGAUAGUAUUUUAAUAACAUAACUGUAUCUAACAUUCAGAGCAAGCAAGGACUUCAAUAUUGACUGGUAAAUUUUCCUUGUUUAAAUUCAAUUUUAUUAACCAAAAAAGAUACCAACAGCAAAAACAUUAUUUACAAAUUGUUACAUAAUAUUUAAAAUAAAUAUCAAUGGUUAUAAAGUAAAAACCAUUAGACUUUGUUAAAAAAACAUGUUCAAACAAAAAUGUGCUUAUGCAGUACAAUAUACCAACUGCUGAUUGACUCCAUUGUAUCUAGCAAUCACCAACCUAUUCAUAGUGAAUAAAAUAAUUCAAAUGAA